AAUAGUAAACACGUGUUAUUGAGUCCAAUUUGUUGGAUCGCAUUCAGCGAGUUUUAAAUUUUAGCAUAUCACACAACAAUUGUAAAUAUCAGAUUAUGGAUCAAGCUGAUGACGGGCUUUUGUUAAAUUUAGUGUCCUUUGGAGGAGAGGGAGGAGGGAAUAAAAGACCCAAGAAGGAGGACAAGUUGACUCGUCUGAAAAGACAGAGAGCGGAAAAGCGAAGAGCUUUAAUUUCUUCAAAAAUAGCAGCUUCCAAACAAGAAACACCCACAGGAGCCAAAAAGCCAAAAUUAGGCACCAAUGGCCCCACCAUAGAAGAGGACAAGCACUCUCCAUCACCAGCAGAAAAAGAAAGGAAGAUCCCUUCAGAGACAGAGAGCGCUCAUGAAAAAGGAAAAAACUUCAGAAGUGGUCCACAGCAGAUUGUAGCUUCCUUAUUCAGAAAUAACCCAGAAAUACCCAAAGUAUCAAGCCAUGCAGUUGAACAACUGAAAGAGAAGAUAUUUUCUUCUGAUAAAUUUUCGGAGCUUCAGUUACAUCCUUUUUUGGUUAAGUAUUUGGAAGAGAAGAUGGGCCUAUCUCACAUGACCAGCAUUCAGCAGAAAAGCAUCCCGCAAAUAAUAUCAGGGCACGACACUUUGGUCAAAUCCCAGACUGGAUCAGGGAAAACAUUGGCUUUUGCCAUCCCGGUGGUCCAACAUCUACAAAGUAUUGUUCCUAAGAUACAAAGGCAAGAUGGACCUUAUGCUAUUGUGAUUGUUCCAACAAGAGAGCUUGCUUUGCAAAGCCUUGCAAUCUUUCAAAAGUUAGUUCAGCCAUUUCACUGGAUUGUGCCAGGAUGCCUCAUGGGAGGGGAACGAAAGAAAUCAGAAAAAGCAAGGCUGAGGAAAGGCAUCAAUAUCCUCGUGUCCACCCCUGGCCGUCUGAUUGACCACGUCCAGAACACAGAGGCUCUGGGGCUGACCAAGGUCAAGUGGUUGAUCAUAGAUGAGGCUGACAGGCUGUUAGAUAUGGGUUUUGAAAGAGAUGUUGCUCAGAUUGUGAACUCCCUGAAUGAGAAACAAGAAGGACACAGACAAACUGUGCUGCUCUCAGCCACACUUUCGCAAGGGGUGGAAAGACUUGCUGGCAUGAGCCUUGUCAAUCCCCAGCUCGUAGAGGUCUCCAAACCUGUCACGGACACCAAGGUGUCAAAGCCAGACAGCGUGACAGUGACACAGACGACUGAUGACAAAUUUGUGAUACCAGAACACUUGCAGCAGCACUUCAUUGUGGUUCCUAGUAAACUGAGGCUUGUCACCUUGGCAGCGUUUAUUUUACAGAAGUGCAAGUAUGCUGCAGAGAAUAACAAGAUGGUGGUCUUCAUGGCGACCCAGGAUUCCACGGAGUUCCAUCACUCUCUGCUUGUUAACACCAUCGCCAGCUUUAAGGAAGAGGAGGAGGAGGAGGGAGAUGAGAGAGAUAUUGAGAUCUUCAAACUACACGGAGAUAUGGUACAAAAAGAAAGAACUCAGGUUUUCCAAGACUUCUCUAGUACUAGAUCCGGCGUACUUCUCUGUACAGACGUAGCAGCCAGAGGGUUGGACUUACCCAAGGUGAAGUGGAUUGUGCAGUACAAUACCCCGGGGACCCCCACUGAAUACAUCCACAGGGUGGGGCGGACGGCUAGGGCAGGGACCAGGGGGAGCUCACUUCUAUUCCUGUCUCCCUCAGAAGUGGACUAUGUCCAGGUCCUCAAUGACCACAAAAUAAGUAUGGAGGAAGUUUCCAUGAAGGAAGUGCUGCAGACAUUGAUGGUACUUAGUCAGGAGUUGGCAGAAGGAAGGAAAAGCAAGGGUCGCCAUCCACACAGCGUUGAAGAGAGUGCCACGGUGCUUCAAAACAGAUUUGAGACAUACCUGUACCAAAACAAAGAAAGAAUACAAUUAGCCAAAAAAGCUUACCAGUCUUUCUUGAGAUCAUACGCCACCUAUCCAUCCAACCUGAAGCAUAUCUUCCAUAUGAAGAAUCUCCAUCUGGGACAUGUUGCCAAGAGCUUUGGUCUGCGUGAAGCUCCAAAACAAAUCUCCCAGUUCAAAGACAACAAAUAUGCUGUAAAACUCCAGCGUAAAACUGAAAGGAGAGAACAGUUGCAUAAGGAGGCUUCCCUUCCACACAAGAGGGUCAAUAUGUCUGAAUAUGCUAGUGGUCUGGAUGUGGUAAAAACGGUCAAGAAAAGAAAAGCAAGGAACAAAAAGGCUGGAAAAACCAAGAAGAGAAAGUGAUGAGAAAUGGGAACCAGUUUGAAACCUGAGCUGCACAUAAAAGUUAUUUAAGAACAGGGUGCUGUUUUUCAGCCAAUUUAGUAAUGUAGCUAGUUCAAGCCAUUUACAACUAUUGCCCAAAUUUAUUUCACAUUAAACUGAGACUGCUGCAGAGGACUAAAAUUCUGUCACUUUGUUAAAAAUUUAACCAGUCAGUGACAUAUUUAUAUUUGUUUGUUGAAAAGUUUUUCUUCAAAUACAAUUUUGUUAUUCUUCAUUAUCAAAUCAUACUCGCUGAAGUACCCGUUUUGCCCACAUGGAGCUAUAAUUUUUUUAUUGUGUUAAAUGUUUUUGUCCAUCUCUCCAAACACAAUCGGCAAUAUGCGCAUUGCUGUUUUUUUUUUUUCCAAGAUGAUACAGUUUAAUUGAAUGUUUUGGUACAAUUUACAAUGUACUGUAUUAUUUUGUGACUAAACUAUUAUUUAAACAUCCUUUUGUUCAACCAUUGAUUAAUUUUUUCAUUGAUAUGUGGCUCACUAGACCAAGAUGGUUUUAUGAGUAACUUCUGAAUCACAUAAAAGGCCAAAAAAUGAAUUUACCUGGGGUAAACGACAAUUUUUCCAUAAUUACCAGUGGUUAAUGAAUCCAUU